GGUGAUGUUGUGUAUUAUAUACUCGAGAGAAGAGAUUGUGAAAUAUACAGAAUAAAGUUCAAGACACAAGCAGUCAUGACCAUGGAGUCUCUCUACGUGAAAGAGGACUUGAGUGAUUUGGACAUUGUCCAGAUUAAAGAGGAGCCCCCUGAAUUUGAUUAUGCUACUUUUGCCAAUGAUGUUAAUGAAUUGGGCUCAGUUAUUAUUAAAGAAGAUGUUUCUGAACUUGAAUCUGGGUACAAUAAACAGAGAGUUAAGGUAGGAGAGAAACUGUAUGAUUGUAAGGAAUGUGGAAAGAGUUUCAGUCGUUUAGCAUUUCUUAAGAAACAUCAACAAGUCCAUAUGGGAAAUAUCCCAUACUUGUGUUGCCCAGAAUGUGGGAAGAGCUUCAGUCGAUUAGACAGCCUCAAGAACCACCAGCGAAUUCACACAGGAGAAAAACCGUAUCAUUGUACUACAUGUGAAAAAAGUUUUAAACAUUUAAAUAGUUUUAAAACUCAUCAACGUUUCCAUACUGGAGAAAAGCCGUAUCACUGUUCAGAAUGUGGAAAAAGGUUCAGUGGCCUUGGGAACCUCAAAGAGCACCAGCGAAUUCAUACUGGGGAGAAACCCUACCAGUGUAAUGAAUGCAGGAAAACCUUCAGGCAUUCAGAUGGACUUCGAAACCACCUGCGAAUCCAUACUGGCGAGAAGCCAUAUAAAUGUACUGAAUGUGGGAAGAGUUUUAGUCGUUUAGGUACGCUUAAGAAGCACCAAAGGAUCCAUACAGGCGAGAAACCCUACCAUUGUGCAGAGUGUGGGAAGAGAUUCAAACAGUCUGACAGCCUGAAAGGUCACAUGCGUAAUCACACAGGAGAGAAGCCAUAUCACUGUGCAAAAUGUGGCAAGAACUUCAGUUACUUAAAGAAUCUGAAAAGUCAUAAGUGUAAAUCCUCACAGUUCCAGUUCAUGAUCGGUUUUGGAGCCAUGAUGCACAGAAUAAUGGGGGAAGACAUGUGUGCAACACACAAGGUGAUAAGAAUACAUUUAAGAAAUGAAACCGGCCACAGGAAUAAGAGCUCAGUCAACUAUAGAAUAUAUAAUGGCAUAAAUGAAUACAAUUUAUUAAAUUAUAAGUUGAGUAAAUUAGAGCCUGUCUACCUCAUACUGUGCAAAGAAAAUGAAGGAAUCGCAAGCCAAUAUAAACAAUUCUGAAAAGUACAUUAAGUGUAUACUGUAAUAAAUUAAUUUUUAUUUUUA